AAGUGCAAGCCUCAGGCCGGUUGGACUACUGGCUCUACUGCAUGUAGUAGAUUAUACCGGUGGCGGAAUGCCUGCCUAUCUGUCGUCGACCUGCUAGUGCUAGCUGUUGCUACAUUUUCUCACUGCCAACCUACGCUAGCUACUUCACUCCUGCCCGCUUCAGCCCCGUGCGCUUUGCCUGUGUCCAAGGACGUCGAUUCAGCGCAGGUGAGUACAGUGCCGUGUGACACUGCAACGACGUUACGUGUGUCGCUUGAAAAUACAGUCGUUUCUAGACUUUUUUCCUGCUUUCUUCCUCUGGGCUGUGAGAGCCGAAACUCUACAUCUACUCGCAGAGGCUUCCACUUCCCUGCAAGCUACCGUUCAUCGAAAGUGUGCAAAGAGGGAAAGAGAGUGCGAUACAGUAGAUCUACGCAGCGGACAGCGCUAGCGGUAGACAUCUGCAGCAGACCGUACUGACUGCGCUGUGUUGGAUGUACGCUGCUGCUGCUGUGUCGAUUUGGCAAACACAGCUAGAGGGGCACGGACAAGUGGACUUCGGUGGAAAGCCAAGGGCACUCUUCAAUCUGAAUCAUUCUCUGCCGGCCCAUUUUUCGCCACGGGAGAGGCCAGCAUUUGAGACAUCUGUAUCAACAUUGGAGCCUGGACCUGGCCCGGAGGUCAGAAAGAAGCCGAAACCUCCACCAAAGCCAAAAGUACCAGGGCCUAAAGUUCGUAAAGUUGCACCAGGGACCAACAAACCACCCAUCCCAAAGAAACCCAGCGUUCCCAGUGCACCUCUUCAGCCACAAGCCAUAGGAAAGCCAAAGCGAUCUCCGCCGCUUGCUGCUUUUAGGUUUGCUCCUGUUCAAGACAGCCAAGAUCUUGAGCGACCUCAAGUAUUUGAGGCAUUUGUCAAUCCUCCGGACAAGCCCCGUCAACCAGUUGAUGAUGGUCCUGGCCUGAAGCAUUUUGCUCCAGUAAAUCACAGUGUGGCACAGGAACACUUGCCAAAGUCAUCCACAGCAGAUGAGGUCUAUCCAUCUAAAGACACUGGUCUAACAUCACCAGAUAGGGAUAGUGCAAUAGAGGCAGUCCCAUCAUCCUUUAGUCUUGGGGUUGUGUUAGAUCAACGCCAGGCACAGUCGCUACCAAGAGGGACUUCUCCCAGAGGUGCGUCACCAGAAUCUCCGCAUAGCGGCCGGAGCAGUCCUGGUAUAUUGACCCGGCACGGUGCUAUUCGUGCCAAGCGUGGCGAACGACUCAGCUUGACCCAAUCAUUGCCACGCAGUCCACACUCUCAUUCGUAUUCCUCGAUGGCAAACAUGAGAGGUAGCGAUCAAGUGUCUGGGGAUUCUGCAUUUUCCUGGUCUGCGGAUGAGCCUGGUACACCCAAACGAGUAAUGUCUCCGAACCAGCGGUCGAGUAUGGAGCGAGACAGUCUUCUUUCUCCAACACGCCUCACUGUGCGUCCGCUAAUCACUGAGCGUGGUUCAAGUAUGGCCAGCGGUGGCAGCCGAUCGAACAGCCCUGCAAGAUCACGCAGUGUGUCACCACCCCGUGAUCAGAUAGAUACUGCUGAACCUACCUUGUAUUCUUCAACAGAUGAAUCUUCUACUUACCCACCAGAAGUUCCUGAACGACUGUCUUCUAGUAAUGCAAGCAGCAGGGUGACCUAUGAGCCCAUACCCAGCAGCAGUAUUCCGUAUCGACCAGCGAGCAAGCAAUCUCCAGUGGAUAACGGAGGGGAGGCUGGUAACCCUGAGCGUGAUCUGGAACAUAUCCGUAGUCGUGCAGCGAGCUUGGCUAGGCGCACAGAUCUCACUGACCACUAUGCUGUUGGACAACCCGUUGUUGAGUGCUCCCGCAAGGCAUUUGCCGAAGCAUUUGUCAAGUUUGCUGGAGGCUACAAGCAAGAAGAAGGUGAUGUUGUUUCUAUGAAGCGAAUGUCACAUUCUAUAUCAGCUGCAGCUGUGCAUGAUAGCACAACUGACUCUCUGGGACGACACAUGCGACGACAAACCUCACAUGAUCAACUGACGGUGACUGAAUCUCAGGAACGCGUAAAGCAGCUCGUUGAAAAGUGGGGAGGAGCGGGUCAGCAGAAACCCCCCGUAGCAGCCAAGCCCGUCCUCCACUCUGCUCCUUCUAGUGUGAAAUCAAGACCGUUUUCUCCUCCAGCCUGUGUGUCAAAUUCCGUAGGAGUAUCAACGAGUAGUAGCAUUUCCAGUGUUUCAUCGUCUUCUUCAUCACCAUCAUCAUCAUCAUCUACAACAACAACAACUACUACAAGUAGUGAUACUUUGAGUAGAAGCACCUUGGAUCAACCUGAACCGGCAAAGAAAGGAGCUACAAGUUUAACAAAGCGCUUCUCUUUCCGUGACUUGGCUUCCAAGGUGUCUCCUAACAUUGGCCGCCGGCAAGAGAAGCAGGCAGCAGUAAGGAACCCUCCAGUGAGAAGUAAACAAAUGUCGAACGCCAAGCUUAACCUGGAUGAUAGUCCAUCACUACAAGCAACUAGCAAGACCACCAAAACUGACAGCAGCACAUCGAGCACUGUGACUUCGCCGAGAGCAAUUCGCGCAACUAGCCUUACUGAUACACUUAGUCAAGAUGCCUUCCUCAGUACCAAUCAGUCUAAGAAACAACGUGCCGUAUCUACUUCUGAUCCACCAACCUCACAAUGUCUAUACUCACCAGGUAAGCAAUAUCGAGCUGGUAGUACUGUUGAACUAAUGUCUACUGACAAGCCACCUGGCAUUGGCAGUGCUGAGGCCAAGAGAAAGGAGAUGCGCCAUACCCGGUACAACUCAGUCAAGGAACUGACGAAUGCUGCAUUAGCCACUUCACCACCCACAGAACGUGGUCCACUUUCACCAGGUAGCUCCACUACCCCAAUCCCGUGCACACCAAGUCCUGAGCUGGAGUGUCUCCAAGCCAAUUCGUACAGCAAUACAAGUAGUACAACCUCGUCCGCUGAUGCUUUAUCCCCCGACCAUUCAAAGCCUGUAGUAGGUGAGAAUGCUGUGAAUUAUGGCAAGCAAAAUGGCAAACAGUUCAUUGGUGGCUUGAACCCGCCUACAACAAGCACACAUGGUUACGGUGAAGUGGAAACAGCUGAUAUCAAACCUGCAUUGGCAGCUAGUGAUUCUGGCUAUUCGACUGCUCAGGAGCGCAGCACAUCUCAGGCCCUGAGCAAAGCUGCGGCAGGAAACUUUGACCACACGCUGAGUGGCGCUGAUCCAAUCUAUGAUGACGUUCCCGUGGAUGCUGGCGAGUCUACUGACGACGACUUGGAUGAUCAAUCCAAUGAUCGGACAGAGGACAUCUAUGAAGAUAUCAUUUUUGGCAAGGUCACAGCACCUGCGGUACCCCCCACCCCUAGUCCAGCUGAUGGAUCAAUAUCACUCGUAGCACCAUCGGAUAAGCAGCGCUUACUAUGGCAGGAUCUAGACAUUGUUAGGGAUAGUGGAGUGCUGGACCAGUUGUCUCCAUCGGAGGUAAAGCAUCAGGAGGCAAUGUUUGAAGUUCUAUCAUCGGAAGAGUCCUACAACAAAAGCUUGCAUGUCGUCCUGGACCACUUCAUGCCACGUAUCCUACCAUCAACAACUGGCGUAAACAAUGCGUCUGGUCAGAGUGACCUGCCUACGCUGUUCAUCGAGAAGUCAGAGCACCAUCGUCUCUUCUCGAACAUCUCCGCCCUCACCAAAAUCAGUGAUAAUUUCAUGCAGGAGCUGAGAAGCCGCCUCUUGGAACAAGUCACAGUGGAGACUAUUGCUGAUAUUGUACUAAAACAUGUCACGAAGCAUUUCCACCCGUAUGUGACAUAUUGUACAAAUCAGACUUACCAGCUGCAGGAAGCCAAGAAAGUGAUCGACAACCCUGUUUUGAAGAAGGCCUUGACAAAGCUCGAGAGUGGCAUUGGGCAGAAACUUCCGUUCUCAACCUAUCUCCUCCAGCCCAUGCAGAGAAUCACUCGACUUCCCUUGCUUAUUGUUACGAUACUGGACUACCUUCCGGAAGAUAGCCCGCACUCUGUGCUUACACAGCAAGCACUUCAGGAGGUCCAGCUGUUUGUAUCUCAGUGCAAUGAGGGUGCACGCUCCAUGGAGAGAAUGGAAGAGCUGAUUAAUCUACAGAAAAAGGUCAAAUUCGACUCAAAGACUAAGCCUGUGGCGUUUGUUUCUCAGAAACGCUACCUGAAGCGAUCGGGAAAUCUUCAACAAGUAUCGGGUCAUCCGGGCAAGAAAGGUUGGACAAAGAACCCGGAGAAACAUAAAGUAACCCUCUUCCUCUUCAAUGACCUGGUUAUCAUUGCUAAGCUCAAGAAGAAGCAGGAUUACCAGUACCAAGUUAUUGACUACACAUCAUUCCAGUUAGCUCUUCUUGAGGAAUGCACUGUCUCUGAGCUCCCGUCCAAAGUGCUGGAAGCGGAGAAAAAGAGAGCAUCGAGUAUGCUGAAUGUCUCCACAGAUGGUGGAAAUGUUGGUGGUGCGUCAGUGGAGGGCUCCCCGUUGCGCUCAGCGACACCUGCGGAUGAUGACCGUGGGCAUACGGCAUUCAAGUUGGUUUUCCUUGAGAACUGGGAUGGCAAGAAUAAGGAGUAUAUCUUGAGAACGGACUCACUUACUGAGAAGACUCGUUGGUUGAAUGCGUUUCGUGAGGAGGAUGAACCAUCGGAGACAGAUGGGAAGAAGUCAAUUGUCUAUGAAAUGUGGAAUUGUCCGCAGCAUGUUGUCUUGUUCAACUACACACCACAGCAGGCUGAUGAACUUGCCUUGCAAGCCGGUGAUGUAGUCAAGGUCUUGCGAAAGAUGGAAGAUGAUUGGUGUCAUGGCGAGUUGAUGCGCGAUGGCACUCGUGGCUGGUUUCCCAUUCAAUUCACGGAAGAGAUCAAGAAUGAGAAUACCCGUGCUGAGAACUUGAGGCAGCGAAGGCUACUACUUGCCGAAGCUCGGUUGAAGUCCGAGAACUUGAUUGACCUGUGAUUGUUUUGAGGUGCAAUGGCACUCGUGGCUAGUCUCCCAUUCAAUUCACGGAAGAGAUCAAGAAUGAGAGCACCCGUGCUGAGAACUUGAGGCAGCGAAGGCUAAUUGCUUGCCGAAGCUUCGUUGAAGUGUGAGAACUUGAUUGAGCUGUGAUAUUUAAGGAUCGAUUUUGCUCAUGGGGAUGUGGCUGGAAUUUUCUAUUUUGAAAUUUGAAGUGUCAGCUGAACAAAAGGUAUCCAGCUUCCUGGGUAUAUUAUGUUAUUCUCUUGAAUUGUGUGUGUAUGUGUGUGUGUGUGUGUGUGCGCGCGCGCACGCGUGCGUGUGUGUGUGUGUAUCUGUGCGUGUGAGCAUGUGUGCUUGUUGUUGUGGCAGUGCUGUUGUAAUUUCCCUAUAUUUACUGUAUUUAUACAGUGAGCAUAAGUAAACUUGAAAACUAUGCUGAUCCUAAGGUUUGACUGAGCGAUAUGCAUGUUUGAAAAUUGAUUGAUUCCUUCUGACUUCAAUCCUCACUUCAGCUACUGUCCUUUUUUUCAAUACUCGAAUUUGGUGCUGGUUUCAUGCAUUGUCUUGUUUUGGCUGUGCUGACGUCUACGGCAGCGUACUAAUGUCUUGACUUCUGAAGUAAUUUGCCAUUGCCACUAAUGCCGCAACCAGGAUUUGUCAAAGAUCAAUGCAACGCAACCUGAUGUGUAAUGCCGACUGAGAUAAUGCACCCUUUUGAGUUAUCGCGUAUUGUAUUUUACCUUCAUUUAUACAACUACCUAAAAAAACGUUUCUUCGAUUUCAAAGCGCUACUCGACCUUGAUGUUUUAGCACUUCCGUAGCACUAUGUUUCUGAAAUCUACAUAGCCGCGGUGUUGCAAUACUAAGUGUUGGAGGUGAUAUGGACAUUAUACAUGUACCCAUUCGUCUGAUGAGUGUUUUUGAACACGAAACUCGGAGCAACGAGAAAGAUUUUUGGUCUCUGUUUUUCUGCCUUGUGUACCCAAUCUAUUCAAUAUCCGGACUUCUA